CUGCUUCUCUUCUUUCUUCCCGCUGCAGCCGGCAAGGAACCCAGCGCCAAGCCGACACACCUCCCCUUGAGGAAACCGGUAGGAAGCUUGGAUUUUCCCCUUCCUUUCUUGCUCUAGAACACAUCUAGAACCCAGAAUUUCUCCCCUCUGCAGAGAAGAAUCCGGAUCUGCUCUGCUUGUCCGUCCGUUGCUGCUGCUAGGCCCGAAAUUCUGGGCAUUUUUCUGAUUUUGGGUGAACCCGUGAGCUUUCCCUGCAGAUUUGCCGCCGGCUUUUCCCCCAACCAAGCUCGGUUUCUGCAGUCCGGUUGUGCUAGGAAAAUUAUGGUUUUCGAUUGUUCUGUCAGUUAGCACUGAGAUCGAGUCUUCGGUUUUAUGCAAGUGAGGAAACGAAAUCGAGGACAGGGAACCACGGGAAGUGACGAGUUAAAAGGCUAGUCAUAUUGUAAUUGGAUAUGAAAUUUUAGAAAUAAAUCAUGAUCUUGUAAUUGGAGAUUUUAAUUGGAGAUUUUAUGAUAUCAGAGAGAAUUUUAUAAUUUGAUCUUCAGAUUUUGGUGAAGACAAUAACGCAUGGCCAAAUUUGCUUCAACUUUGAUUAAGUAAAAUUUAAUUACUUAGAGUAAUGAACAGGGGUAAGUACAGGAAGAAAACUUGGACAACCACCAAAGACUUGGUAAGUCUUUCACCUUUCACCUGCCUCCUGAAGAAAGAGACAAAACACCACAGACCACUUCAAUUCUUAUGCUUAUAAAUACACAUGUUUCCGUGAGAGGCUUCUCAUCCCUCACAAAGAAACUUAAAAGAAUUUAAGGUGGCAGUAGCCUUAUAACAAUGAAAAGUGCUUAUUUCCUUGUAGCUUUUGCCCUCUUGGCUCUUGCUUCCUCCUUUGCCUCUGCAGAUGACCCCAGCCCUCUCCAGGACUUCUGCGUAGCCAUCAAUGACACCAAGACUGGUGGCAUGUCCUCCUUUUUCGACAUUGCAUUUUCUAGAAACUUCAUUAAAAAGUGUACUAUAUAUUUUUUGGUUGGCAUUUACACUAUAUAUUUUGGUUGGCAUUCUUUCCAAUAACACGUCUUUGGUGCACUGUUUGUCAAUGGGAAGUUUUGCAAGGACCCAAAGCUUGUAGCAAGCGACUUCUUCGUUUCAGGGUUUGACAAGCCAGGAAACACAUCCAGUGCGGUUGGAUCUGCUGUCACUCAGGCAUUCGUUGAACAACUUCCAGGCCUUAACACUCUUGGUGUAUCCCUAGUUCACAUUGAUUUUGCACUGAAUGGUGGUCUUAAUCCUCCCCACACUCAUCCUCGUGGAACUGAGAUUCUAGUAGUCCAAGAAGGCACCCUAUUUGUCAGCUUCGUCUCAUCUAAUCAGGAUGGUAACCGUCUCUUCACCAAAGUGCUGAACAAGGGAGAUGUAUUUGUUUUCCCUAUUGGUUUGAUUCACUUCCAGCCCAACAUAGGGGAAACUCCUGCUGUUGCCUUUUCU